CCACGAAGAAAGAGAAUAAUAAACCUCCUAGUAUACUUGCCCAUAUCCUAUAAUACCCCAAUGUCAAUCCGCGUAAUCCGUUACUGUCGCAAAUCUAUCAUCGCUCAAUUCGUUCGACUUCCAGAGCAAACCUAUGCCUGCUUUCACUGUGGCUGCCCGCCGCACGUGCCAUAGACCUGUCGCUAUAAAAGCUUUGCUCUUUGCGACUCCCGAGUUUUCUUUUUUUCUCUAUCACAACCAACUUGCUCAACUUGGUCAACCCCACCUCAGGUUUUCCGACUACAUCCAGCUCACUCACGGCCUGCUCAAACUGCCUUCCACUGCUUACCGAUUACAUCCCCUUGAUACAUUCACCUUUUGUCAACAUAGUUGGUAUUAUGAACUCCAACAGAAACAAUGGUGACUCCAGUGCGCCUUCGUGUGGCAGAGGUUAGUAUCUCCUGGGCUCUAUAUACUGCGCGACUCUUCACUAAUAAAACAUGGUAGGAUCCCUCAACGUUGUUAUGCAUGCCCCCAGUGCCGCUAUCCAGGCUCUCAUAGCCAUCGGCCCCACCACGGUAUCCCUCACAACAGAGCGCUGCCUCCCGAACGCCUCACCCCACCACCCUUCCUUCCUGCGUAACAUCUCGCUCGACACCGUCUCCCCAUCCGAAUGGAACACCCACGUGCUCCCCUACAUCUCUACAUUGACCUUCGACAUCGCCUGCAACCCCGACGUCCACUACCUAAGCCGCAUCCUCACUUCUCCACAGCUCCCACGAUUGCACACUGCGAUAACCACCCUCUCCCUCUCAGGCCACCACUGGUUCUCCGGUGUCAUGCUAAACCGCCACAACAACCCGUACCUCACCACUGCCGCCAUGCUGCCCAACUUGCAGGACCUGACGUUCACUAUGCAUACCGCGGGUGUCACAACGUCGGUGUACGGCGAGCGGCGCAUGGUGGAGAUUGAGAGGACAGAUCCGGUGGAAUCUAGGGCGCGUAGGACGUUGCGUGUGGAGAACGUAGUGCAGCGGUAUGGAAUCGAUGCGGUGUUUGCGUGUGCGGCAUUGAGGAAGGUUCGUGUUGAUUACGUGGAGAGUGAGUUGACGUUGGAGCAUUGUCGCCAUGGGGAUCCGUAUGGUGUCAUCGUGGAACUGCAGGCGUAUCUGGUUAGUGGCUUUGCGCAGAGGGGUAGGACGGUGCGCGUGGAUGUUCGUCGGGCUUGAUGGGGGUGGUGGAGUACUGUGAGAUGUAAGAUUGUGGAAUGGAAAUGUGUUGAAGACUAGGCGCGAAUUUCAUAAUCGCUUGAGAGUCUCCAAAUUAUGGUGUCUGAUUCCAUAUGGGUAGUCAGUCGAAAGCGACACAAGGCAGUGCAAGCUACUAUCUAUAAUUGACGAG